UUUGUUGCCGCAAAGCAAAACUAAAAUAUAAUACAAUAAUUAAUAAGAAACAGCAAAUUGCAAGUGCUUAAUAAUGACAAAGGCUGCAGAUGUUGGUACACAUGACGUCGAAAUGGAGGUGGAUGCUACAGUUGAAACCUUAGCGGAUGAGAAAAAAAAUCAAGAUCUUGCCACAGUGCAGGAAAUACGUGAACAAAUAAAACAAAUUGAAAAGUCUGUCGCCUCGAAGGAAUCGCGUUUUAUAUUGCGUGUGCUGCGUAACUUGCCCAAUACACGACGCAAGCUGAACGGAGUUGUAUUCCGCAAUUUGGCACAAAGCAUUUAUCCAGUGGGCGCAGAGCGUGAAGCUGCACUUGCAUUGACACCAGCAUUAGACAAGGAUGCCACUGAGCUCCCAGAUGUAGUCAAGAAGCAGGUGGCCACCAAGGCUCCUAUUGCUGAAGUUGAUGCUUAUUUCUAUUUAUUGCUGCUUGUUAAGCUCAUCGACGCUGGCGAUUUAAAGCGUUCGGGCACUUGUGCAGAUGCUUUGAUGUCCAAGAUAUCCAUACAGAAUCGUCGUACAUUGGAUCUUAUUGGCGCCAAGUCAUAUUUCUAUUAUUCGCGCGUAGCGGAGCUAAACAAUGCUUUAGAAGGCAUACGCGCCUUCCUCCACGCUCGCCUGCGCACGGCAACGCUGCGCAACGACUUUGAGGGACAGGCUGUGUUGUUAAACUGCCUGCUGCGCAAUUAUUUGCAUUAUGCGCUGUACGAUCAGGCGGAUAAGCUGGUAAAGAAGUCCAUCUAUCCGGAGUCAGCCAGCAAUAAUGAGUGGGCUCGUUUCCUGUACUACUUGGGACGCAUUAAGGCUGCCAAGCUGGAGUAUAGCGAUGCUCACAAGCAUCUGGUUCAGGCGCUGCGCAAAUCACCGCAACAUGCAGCCAUUGGUUUCCGUCAGACAGUACAAAAGCUCAUCAUUGUAGUGGAGCUGCUGCUGGGCAACAUACCUGAGCGUGUGGUGUUCCGUCAAGCAGGCUUGCGUCAGUCGCUGACGCCUUACUUCCAGCUAACUCAAGCAGUGCGUCUGGGAAAUCUAAAGCGUUUUGGUGAUGUUGUCUCGCAGUACGGACCCAAGUUCCAGCUGGAUCACACAUUUACUUUGAUCAUACGCUUGCGUCACAAUGUCAUCAAGACUGCUAUUCGUUCCAUUGGACUGUCAUAUUCGCGCAUCUCACCGCAGGAUAUUGCCAAGCGAUUGGUACUUGACUCUGCGGAGGAUGCCGAGUUCAUUGUGGCUAAGGCCAUACGCGAUGGUGUGAUUGAAGCGACACUAGAUCCGGCACAGAACUUCAUGCGCAGCAAGGAGAGCACUGAUAUUUAUAGCACGCGCGAGCCGCAGCUAGCUUUCCAUGAGCGCAUCUCAUUUUGCCUUAAUCUGCACAAUCAGAGCGUCAAGGCUAUGCGCUAUCCACCCAAGUCGUAUGGCAAAGACCUGGAGAGCGCAGAGGAGCGUCGUGAACGUGAGCAGCAGGAUCUGGAGUUAGCUAAGGAAAUGGCCGAAGAUGAUGAAGAUGGUUUUUAAGCACACUGCGUGUGUUGUUUUGCAUAAAUCUGUAAACAUAUUCAUAGCUGUCUAA